AUGGACACUACGAAUACUCGACCGCCACUUCGGCCGGCAGCUGGUCCUGAGGCAGAGAACGCUGCGCUCUCUGUUCAAGUGCUCGAAAGAGGGACACGAGAGAAAGACAGCGCCGUCGAAGCCAUUGGACGGGAUGGAGAUGUGCCCGCGAAGUUGAAUCACGUUCUUCAGGCUGGCAUAAAAAAUUACUUUCGGAUCUUUUCUUACGGAACGAAACUAGAUAUCGUACUUAUACUAUUGUGUUGUAUCACUUCAAUAGGCUCAGGGGUCGCUUUCCCUUUGAUGAACAUCGUUUUUGGUCAAUUAGUGGGCUCAUUUACCAACUACUUUAUCCCAGGAACGACAAUGUCAUCUGGCGAAUUUCAAGCGGAGAUCAACAAGCUGACACUUUAUUUGAUCUAUCUCUUCAUUGCCAAGUUCGUGUUGUCAUACAUCUCCAUGGUGACAAUCCGAACCAGCGGUCUCCGAAUUUCUUGUGCCCUACGGCUAGCCUACUUGCGAGCUUUGUUCGCACAGCCAGUGAGUGUUAUUGACACUAUAAGUCCUGGAAAGGUAUCAACUCGUGUUACGACCUCUUCUAAUAUCGUACAAACCGCUAUAUCACAGCACUUGGCUAUGCUUUUUCAAUCACUCGCGUUCACAAUCGGAGCAUAUGUUGUAGCAUUUGUAAAAAGCCCGCUGCUUACCCUAGUCGCCUCUAGCUCAGUAACGUUCGUCUUAGUCAUCUCUGGUGCCAUACUGCCGCCAUUCAUAAGGAUACACAAGGUCACCGAAAAGUACCAUGAGGAUGCUUCAGCCAUAGCAUUUGAGAUAUUCUCGUCUGUCCGCAUCAUUGCUGCGUUUGGCGCAGAAACAAGAAUGGCGACACGGCAUGAAGAAAUGAUAGACAAAGCGGCGAAGAAUGAACGGAAGGCUGCACCUUUGAUGGGUCUUAUCAUGUCGCCUAUGAUGGUUGGACAGUACGGUACCUUCGCUCUCACCUUCUGGUUUGGCAUCAAACGAUACUCUGAAGGGCAGGAAGACACCAUCGGAACCAUUACUGUUGUCCUAUUUUCAGUACUGAUGGCAACGAUGAAUCUUACCAGAAUCGUCUCUCCUACCAUUGCUAUCACAAAAGCCUCAUCUGCUGUUACAGAACUGUUCGCCACUAUUGAUGCCCCAGUCCCAAACACCACUGGGCUGAAAGAGCCAGACAUCACCGCUGAUGCCGAUAUCACUUUUCAGAGUGUGAGAUUCUCGUAUCCUAAUAGGCCAGAUACGCAGAUCCUCAAUGGGCUUGAUUUUGUGUUUGAAGCUGGCAAAGUCACUGCUAUCGUAGGUCCAUCUGGGAGUGGAAAGUCUACCAUUGUAGGCUUGUUGCAACGAUGGUAUGAUCUCCACGGUAUGACAGCCCCAGCUGCACCAGAUAGCUGUAUGCACAAUUUAACGUCCGACGUCGAAGCGUCUCAAGAGAAGGAGGAUCUCAGAAAUUUUAAAUGGGGCCAGAAUCACAAUACUCUCAAGUGUAACGAUAAAAAAGAGUCCGUGAAGAAAGCCGGAAACAAUAAAUGCAAGGAAAAAGAGCUCGAACUGGGUCCAAAUAUAUGCACUGGCAGGAUAAAGAUUGGCGAUACUGACAUAAGACAAAUCGAUCUCAAGUGGUGGCGCGCCCAGAUAGGUCUUGUGCAACAAGAGCCUUUCCUAUUCAACGAUACACUCUACAACAAUGUCGCUUCUGGACUCAACGGUACGAGCUAUGAUGGUUUGUCUGAAGAGGAAAAAAAGAGGAUGGUUGAAGACGCCUGUCGCGAAGCCUGUGCUGAGGAGUUUAUCUUAAAGUUACCUGAAGGGUACGAAACCAUGCUAGGAGAAAGCGGUAUCAAGUUAUCAGGAGGACAACGCCAACGGGUUUGCAUCGCAAGAAGCAUCAUCAAGCAGCCGCCUAUAUUGAUCCUGGAUGAAGCAACCAGCGCUAUCGACGUCAGAACUGAGCGCAUUGUGCAGCAAGCACUUGAUCGUGUCUCAAGAAACAGGACAACUAUCGUCAUUGCCCAUCGGCUUUCUACCAUUAGACGAGCUGAUAAGAUCAUUGUUUUACGUCAAGGGAAACUAUUCGAGCAAGGAACACAUGAGGACCUACUAAAAAUAAACGGAGGUAUCUACUACGGCUUAGUUGAGGCACAAAAAAUCGCAAUAGAAGCCGGAAACGAUAUCAACGUGGAUGCGCCAGAAAAGGUUAAAAGUUUGGAUACUGUGCUCGUCCGAGAAAAUGCUGAAAGCAUUCGUCCUAACAAAGUAGCAGACCCAAAGUACAAACAACAAGGGCUAAUUGGCAGCUUCGGCCGUUUGAUCUAUGAGCAACGUCGUCAUUUGGUAUUGUAUAGUGCGGCCACCUUUGGUAUCCUAGCCAGUGGCGCGGUCUACCCACUUCAAGCCUAUAUCUUCUCCAGCGCCAUCAAUGUGUUCACAUUCCCAAUAGACAAACUUGUCAGGCAAGGGAACUUCUGGGCAGGCAUGUUUGGUGUACUGGCAGGAGGCACUUUUAUAUCAUACUUUUUCAUGGGGGCUGCGUGCCAUCUCAUGUCAACUACAAUCACGGCAAAGUACAGGCAAGAAUAUUUGGUCAACCUCAUACGCAAACGCAUAACAUUUUUCGACGUUCAAAGGCAUAGUCCAGGGUCUCUUACGGCAGCCUUGAGUUCAGACAGUACACAGAUCCAGCAGCUGAUGGCGACAGAGAUGUCCAUGGCGCUUGUUGCCGUUGUCAACCUUGUUGGUUCCGUCAUCAUAUCCUUUGUCUACGGCUGGAAACUCUCCCUCGUCAGCCUGUUCACCACUUUACCGUUAAUUCUUGCUGCUGGCUAUCUUCGCAUGCGUCUCGAAAUGCAAUUUGAAAAGACAAAUGCCAAGGUUUUCGAAGGUAGUAGCCAAUUUGCUGCUGAAGCUGUUGGCGCUUUUCGUACAGUGCUCAGUCUUCUUAUGGAAGACAGGAUCACUGAGCACUAUAAGGAUUUGCUCGAGGGCCAUGUCACAAAGGCUUUUCAUAGCGCAAAAUACAGUACUACUAUCUACGCAGCGAGCGACAGUAUUGAGCUAGCUUGUAUGGCUCUUGCAUUUUGGUAUGGUGGUACGUUGCUUGCGUCCCGCGAGUACAACAACGUCGACUUCUUUGUAAUCUACCAAGCCAUUAUCCAAGGCUCGAUCGCAGCAGGCACGUUCUUCUCGUUUGCCCCAAACAUGGCGCAGGCAGCUAAUGCCGCCAACCGCAUUCUCAGCAUGCGUCCACUAAAAACUCGAGCUCCAUCUUCUUACCCACGUUUGAUGGAGACGUCAGAAGGCGUGGGUAUUGAUUUCCAGAACGUUUGCUUCGCAUAUGAGUCCCGCGAAAUUCCAGUGUUGUCGAACCUCAAUUUGCAAGUUCAGCCAGGUCAAUUCACUGCUCUCGUGGGUGCAUCUGGGUCCGGAAAAUCAACUGCCAUUUCGCUGCUAGAGCGCUUCUAUGACGCAUCAUCUGGGCGCAUUCUAUGCAAUGGACAGGAUAUUAUUGCUCUCGAUCCCUCAGAAUAUCGUAAGCAAAUUAGUCUGGUCAGCCAGGAGGCCACACUCUACGAAGGCACGAUUCGAGAAAACAUUGCACUCUCCGUUGACACCGCAAGCGACAAGGAGAUUGAGCAUGCAUGCCGCGAUGCACAAAUUCAUGAUUUCAUCACCUCGCUCCCAAACGGAUACAAUCAGCGUCUCGGACCAAAAGGCAUGUCCUUGUCUGGGGGGCAAAAGCAGCGUCUAUCACUUGCCCGUGCCCUACUUCGAAAACCAAAACUCCUGCUUCUUGACGAGGCGACCUCUUCUCUAGACUCAGAGUCUGAGAAGUUGGUUCAAGAAGCGAUUGAGCGCGUCGCAGCAGAGGGGUGCAGAACCGUGAUUGCCGUUGCACAUCGACUUGCUACGAUCCAGAAAGCUGAUGUUAUAUUCGUGUUGGGGAGUGGCAAGGUGCUCGAGAGAGGCGAUCAUCAGGAACUGUUAAGGAAGAGGGGUAUUUAUUGGCAGAUGUGUCAAGCUCAAGCUUUGGACGAUUAA